GGCUCAUCAGUAAAGCCUGUAUCUGUCAGAGAAUUUCAGAGAACAGAGGAUACAAGACGAUAUUUACAUCAAAACAGGUGCCUAAUACAGAUCCCGAGCUGCACCGCAGGCACAUAGAGCGUACCCGUCGGGAGGCCCAGCUAGCAGCGCUUCAGUACGAGGAGGACAGGAUGAGAACAAAACAGAUUCAGAGAGAAGCUGUCCUUGACUUUGUUAAGCAAAAAGCAUCCUUAAGUCCUCAGAAGCAAAGUCCUCUGGAUAGUGAGAGUGAUGACAGAUCUGCCAUCUCCCCUGGCUCACCUACCACUCAGACAGUCCACCUUUUCCCUCCAUAUCCUGGCCAUGCAGCCCCGCCUUCCUAUAGAAACCCUUCCCAGCGACCUGAGAGUUUCCUUUUCCGAGCAGCUGUCAGGGAUGAAGCAAACAAAGCUGUUACUUCAUCUUCUACCCAUGCCUUGUCUCCUGCUAAUGAUUCUGCAGACCCUAGAGUAAGACAGAACUCCAAACAGCGAGAGGAAGAGCUGGAGCUAAUAGAGCAGCUACGUAAGAAUAUAGAAUCACGGUUGAAAGUAUCGUUGCCCAGUGAUCUUGGAGCAGCUCUCACUGAUGGUGUUGUUCUGUGCCAUUUAGCUAAUCACGUGCGUCCCCGAUCUGUUCCCAGCAUUCAUGUCCCCUCACCUGCUGUUCCUAAACUUACAAUGGCAAAAUGCAGACGAAAUGUGGAGAAUUUCUUGGAAGCUUGCAGAAGGAUUGGAGUGCCUCAGGAGCAAUUAUGUUUGCCUCUACAUAUUUUAGAAGAGAAGGGUUUGACACAGGUAGCUGUGACUGUCCAGGCGCUCCUGGAGCUGGCACCCCCAAAGCAGCAGCAACUUCACCACUUGUCUGCUGUGUAA